AUGAAGGGUACGAAGGGUACUAAGGGUUUGAAAGGUGUGAAAGUUACGAAGGGUGCGAAGGGUACGAAGGGUACUAAGGGUACUAAGGGUGUGAAAGGUGUGAAGGGUACGAAGGGUACGAAGGGUACUAAGGGUACUAAGGGUUUGAAAGGUGUGAAGGGUACGAAGGGUACGAAAGGUACUAAGGGUGUGAAAGGUACGAAGGGUACAAAGGGUACUAAGGGUUUGAAAGGUGUGAAAGGUACGAAGGGUACAAAGGGUACUAAGGGUGUGAAAGGUGUGAAGGGUACGAAGGGUACGAAGGGUACUAAGGGUUUGAAAGGUGUGAAGGGUACGAAGGGUACUAAGGGUUUGAAAGGUGUGAAGGGUACGAAGGGUGCGAAGGGUACGAAGGGUACUAAGGGUUUGAAAGGUGUGAAGGGUACGAAGGGUACGAAGCCCUUAGUACCCUUCGUACCCUUCGUAUCCUUCACACCUUUCACACCCUUAGUACCCUUUGUACCCUUCGUACCUUUCACACCUUUCAAACCCUUAGUACCCUUUGCACCCUUCGUACCUUUCACACCCUAAGUACCCUUCGUACCCUUCGUACCCUUCACACCUUUCAAACCCUUAGUACCCUUAGUACCCUUCGCACCCUUCGUACCCUUCACACCUUUCAAACCCUUAGUACCCUUCGUACCCUUCGUACCCUUCACACCUUUCACACCUUUCAAACCCUUAGUAACCUUCAUAUCCUUCGUACCCUUCACACCUUUCACACCCUUAGUACCCUUAGUAUCCUUCGUACCCUUCGUACCCUUCACACCUUUCAAACCCUUAGUACACUUCGUACCCUUCACACCUUUCAAACCCUUAUUACCCUUCGUACCCUUCGUACCCUUCACACCUUUCAAACCCUUAGUACCCUUCGUACCCUUCGCACCCUUCACACCUUUCAAACCCUUAGUACCCUUCGUACCCUUUCUACCCUUCACACCUUUCAAACCCUUAGUACCCUUCGUACCCUUCGUACCCUUCACACCUUUCACACCCUUAGUACCCUUUGUACCCUUCGUACCUUUCACACCUUUCAAACCCUUAGUACCCUUUGUACCCUUCGUACCUUUCACACCCUUAGUACCCUUCGUACCCUUCGUACCCUUCACACCUUUCAAACCCUUAGUACCCUUAGUACCCUUCGCACCCUUCGUACCCUUCACACCUUUCAAACCCUUAGUACCCUUAGUACCCUUCGUACCCUUUGUACCCUUCACACCUUUCACACCCUUAGUACCCUUAGUACCCUUCGUACCCUUCGCACCCUUCGUAACUUUCACACCUUUCAAACCCUUAGUACCCUUCGUACCCUUCGUACCCUUCACACCUUUCACACCCUUAGUACCCUUAGUACCCUUCGUACCCUUCGCACCCUUCGUAACUUUCACACCUUUCAAACCCUUAGUACCCUUCAUACCCUUCGUACCCUUCACACCUUUCACACCCUUAGUACCCUUUGUACCCUUUGUACACUUCACACCUUUCAAACCCUUAGUACCCUUAGUACCCUUCGUACCCUUCACACCUUUCAAACCCUUAGUACCCUUCGUACACUUCGUACCCUUCACACCUUUCACACCCUUAGUACCCUUUGUACCCUUCGUAUCUUCACACCUUUCAAACCCUUAG